GUGAGAUGGGGAGUGGUGGAACCGUCGAUUUUCUUAAUCCAACCGUAACUGACUCAUACAGCAGAAUUUGUUAAAAAAGAAAUAGUUUGCGAAGCUGUGGAACUAUCUAACGUAACAACAGCUUCUGCUGGAGAUCUGCACACGUGUAAAGUUUGCAGUCGUGGUGUUUAACAAGUAUAUAUAUAUUUACAACCCGCGGAAAGUAGCGCGUGGUACAAGGGCAAAGAUCCCAGUAAACGUGGUUGGAACUUCCUCAACAUUAUUGAAUCAUGAGGAACCAAUAAGUUAUGCUGCAAUGUAAGACCCAAAGUGACAGAAGUAAGGACCUUAAUACGUGUAAAGCCACACUUUUUCUGUGCCCUUAUGUUAUAAAUAGUUAUGCUUACAUAACAUAUAAAUAAUCUUAUUAGAUCUGUGCAUAUUGCUAAACGAUUAUCAUCAUAUUUCUGGAAAAAGAAGUUACGAAAGAAUCUUGGAACGAAAAUGGAAGCAUUAGAAAUUGACCCAAACUUCGAACCUCAGACUCGAGCUCGCUCUAACACUUGGCCCUUGCCACGUCCGGAGAACUUCGAGGAGAAAGACGGCGAAGAGAAGCCAGCGAUUCCCGCUACUGUCUAUGAACAUGCAGGGUCCCCCGCAGAGACCAACGGGCAGCCACCACGGAAAAACACGGCACGAAGAAACGCAUGGGGUAACAUGUCGUAUGCCGAUUUAAUAACACAGGCAAUCCAAGCAUCACCCGACAAACGGCUAACUUUGUCUCAGAUCUAUGAUUGGAUGGUCCAGAACGUACCGUACUUUAAAGACAAAGGAGAAAACAACAGCUCGGCAGGUUGGAAGAAUUCCAUUCGCCACAACUUAUCCCUUCACAAUCGCUUCAUGAGGGUGCAGAACGAGGGCACGGGAAAGAGUUCAUGGUGGAUGAUCAACCCCGAUGCCAAGCCUGGGAAGGCUGCUCGACGAAGAGCUACCAGCAUGGAAACUCAGAAGUACGAAAAGAAGCGUGGUCGGGUUAAGAAGAAGGUGGAAGCGUUACGCAACGGACUAGAACCUACAUCCAGCCCUAGCUCCUCUAUCUCUGAAAGCCUAGACAUUUUCCCUGAGUCGCCUGUACAUCACGGCUUUCAGCUCAGUUCAGAUUUCCGUCCUCGUGCGUCUUCCAAUGCCAGUUCUUGCAGUCGGCUUUCCCCUAUACCAGCUGUGGAGACUGACAUGCAUGACAGCCAGGUGCCGCCACUAUCGCCCAUACCUUGGAACUCUGAUUUGAAUAACUCUGGUACCUUGGGACUUUAUGGACCACCCCCUGGAAGAAUGGACAGGUACGGAACGGAUCAGCUAGUAGGUUCAUUGGCCGAAACAAUGAAGCUGGGAUCAGGGGAAAGGUCUUAUCUGGUAGAUUGUGGUUUGAGGGCCAGCCCGACUGGCCAGAUGUCCAGUGGACUUAACAAUAACAGUUACAAUCUUGGAAGCUACGGGUAUGAUUACCAUGGCUCCUACCACACAUCGGACAGUGACAGCCCUACUCUAACACCACUCCAGCCUCAGCAACGAAGUCCUCAACAUUUAUUGAAUGGGGCGUCUUAUACCCUAACCAACCUUCAAACUUUAUCUCCCGCCCAUACCAACCAGUCCUUGUCACCCAGUCACAACUUGGACCAGUUGGUGCAGCAGCACAAUUCCUUUGGAAUAGUCCCAAGCAGACAAACCAUCCCAAACAGCUACUGUCUUCCCUUGGUUAGGGAAUAUCCCAUGCGGGCUUCAAUGGCUCAAAAAGAAAGCAUCAACACCACAGCGACCUCUCUGGGUAACACCGCAAGUGAAGUAUUAGACCAUCUUCUCACUCUCAACAACGCUUUGCCAAAUGACCUUGACUUGAACUUUGACAUGAUUCAAGGGGGGUUGGAAUGUGAUGUAGAUCAAGUCAUUCGACACGAAUUGAGUGUAGAUGGAAAUUUGGACUUUAAUUUUGAUCCCAUGAACACCAAUUCGACUGGGGUUCCUCCUCGUACAACAAUGACGACAUCUAGGGUCACACGUCCUUGGGUACACUGAAUUAAAAAAAAAGUUAACUAGAUCUAGUGACAUUGGCCUCUGGUGCCCAAAAUGUUCUUAGGCGCACAUGUUGCUCUAAUUCUUUGUUUACGAAAAAAAAUCAAACUGUUUGUUGGAGAAUAACAGAAGAAAUGUUGUUUGGUAUAUCGUUUUAAUAUACAGAGAUGAAAAAAAGCCUAUAAUAUGAUCGUUUGUUCCAGGGUUUGAACCCGCUAAACCAGUGAGUGUGUGUGUGUAUGUCCCUGUGAGCUUUAUUGUUAUUACGCUUGUUGUAGAAAACAUUCAUGUUACAUGUCUCCCACAUCGGGGCUGUUGGUGUUCCUGUUGUACAUAACAUGAUACUAAAAUGUCAAAACGGGCAUAUAAUGUCACUACAUUAUAAGAAAAACUUAUUAAACACAAAAACAAAGUCACACUAUAACAGUGUAAUAUGAUGUAGUUUGGUUAAAUUAACCAAGUAUUUGUGGGCUGAGUAAAAUCGGAUUCUAGAAAGCCCCAACUUACAUAUUCUUUAUAUAUAUAUAAACUUAAUUAUGUUCACAUAAAAUAUUUGCGCUGUGUUUCUCCAUUAUUCAAUUACCCAACUUCCCAGUAGAGAAAAAAAAAGACACUAGUGUUGCUGUGUAUUUGGUGUUCAAUUCAUGGCUUAAGAACGUAAAUCAUGUUCAAUAUUUCAUUUUUAAAUGGUGUUGCAUUUCUUUCUCAAGCUUUAUUUCAAAUAGAUAUUCCCACUGUAACAGAUAUUAGUUAAAUGACAAAAUAUUAUGUUGUAUCGUGGUUGUGGUUUUGUCGGUGUAGUUGAUAUUAAGAAUUUGAAGAAGGAUGAAAUUCUGCCCUGUCUCAGAUACAGGGCAGAGAAAGUUAUAUAUCAUCUACUUGCGUAUGAAACAUUUCUGAUUAUUUGACUCAGCGGUAAAGAAAUCUUACAUAUUAAUGUUUGUACUUAUGGACAAAAAGAUUAUAAACGUUUUUGAACAGUUGUGAAAAUGUCACUCAGUUAUACGUGAAUAAACACAAUGUCAAUUGUUAUUAAUGCAUUAAA